UGACGUCAGCAAUCCACAGUCAAGAUAAAACUCUGAAGGCAUGAGCCACACACUGGUCAUGAUGGUUCCUCUGAAGUGUUCUGUUGCAUUUAUAUAUGUGCUGAGUAUUUGGACUAUGGGAUAUGCUAGAAGCUGUGGUGGGCAACAGGCUUUGAUCGACGAACUGUGCUGUGACCGGUGUCGUCCAGGUGAAUAUUUGAAGGAGUAUUGCAAUGAGCAUGAUAAAACUGUCUGUAGCCCCUGUGCUGAGGGCUUCUACUCUGAGCACUUCAACAUCUUUGACAGAUGUGAGGAAUGCCAGUCAUGCCAACAUGAAUAUGCUGAGAAAUGUACAUCAACCACAAAUGCAAAAUGUUCGUGUCGCUCGGGUUUCCUGUGUUCCAACAGCAAGUGUUCGACUUGUGAGGAAAACAAGUGUGUUGCGGGGGAGAGAGUGAACAGAACAGACAUUCCCCAAGUUGGACAGUUGAUUAAGUAUUCCUACAGGUGUGAGGCAGCAUGUACUGCUCAUGCCUAUUUCGACGUGAAAGAGGAAACCUGCAAGCAAAGGACACAGUGCAGUGCAUUUGGACUUGCGGAACUGUUUCCAGGAAACAAAACCCACAACUCAGUUUGUGAUUUGCAUGACCGCAGCAAUACGAUUCUUGGCAUCAGCUUCCUGCUGCUGUCUCUCUGCUUCCUGGCGAUUGUGUCUACUGUCUGUGUGAAGAAUCUAUGGAAGCAUAGAGCAAGUUUCAACACUGCAGACUUUCCCCUGCCAAAAGAGGAGUGUGGACUCCAGCUCAGUAUUCCCGAUGAAUGCAAGGACUGCAGCAGUUUGGACAAACUCCAUCAGGAAAACGUCCCCAUUCUUUGUAUUUUAGGAUAAGGUGACCACACUGGUUCGCUCCAUCUAAAGAUUUUGAUUAUAAAUAGUAUAGAAUAGUUUUAGCUACAUGUUUACAUAUAAAGAACCCAUAAACAGGCAAACAUGUGAAGAUUAGAGGUGCUUUAUUUGAUCUCCAGACAAACAGGAUAUAGCUGGACAGGAAGCUGAAAGAUGAGUUCACUGGUUCCUUCCCUAUUACCGGUGCACUUUAAGAGAUAGCACCAACUCCCUGGAAUAGUUUACCUGAGGAUUGUUUUAACAAUCAGCUUUAAGUUUCUUUUACAUAUAGGUAUUACUUAUAUGUUCUCCGCCUAGUCAUUUUAUUUGUUGUUAUUGAUUUUAAACAUUGAUAUAUAGUACUUGCUUUGUAAUUAUAUAGUAUUUUGCUUGGUGUCUUUGAUGGUUUGUUUUCUUGCUUUUAAUUGUCGUCUUUGUAAAGUAUUUUGUCACAGCUGUUUUUGAAAGGUUCUAUGUAUAUAAAGUAAAUAUUUAUAUUA